GGUUUGAAAUCAGGCAGUUGGCAGCCUGACAGAGCCUUGCUCUGCUUGAUACACAAUCGGACAGCUUCUCCGUGCGAUUUGACUUGUCCCUAGACUUGCAUAAUAACCCUUCAGGACGGCUCACUUUUCACAAAUUCUUCAACAGAUAACUUUGCGCCAUGCGUUCAUGAGGCUCUGCUCUGCUUCCUUCGUUUCCACUUGGACACCUUCCAUACUGUAUACUGCGUAACAGGCACCAGGCUGCCGAUCCAUCAUGCCCACCAUCAGCGAGUCUCAACAUGCCACGAAGUUUGACCCUCGUCCCACAGAUAUUAUUGUGGCGGUGAUGGGAAUGACUGGCUCAGGCAAAAGCACAUUCAUCUCCCAUUGCAUGGGGGUGGAUCUCGGCAUUGUUGGCCACGGUCUCCAAGGAUACACACAAGCGGUUGACUUCUAUAUGUUCCCUCAUUCAGAGUCCGUCAACGUGUAUCUCGUCGAUACGCCCGGCUUUGACGACACCAACCUCACAGACAGCGAUGUGCUCAAGGCCAUCGGUACCUGGAUGGGUGAUGCAUACAAGAAGGACAUCAAGCUCAACGGCAUCAUAUACUUGCACCGGAUCACUGAUCCUCGUAUGGUAGGGUCGGCCAAGAAAAAUCUCUUCAUUUUCAAGAAGCUGUGUGGGCCAAAUGCUCUCAAAAACGUCACUCUGGCCACCACGAUGUGGGAGGCUGUCUCGCAAUCAGAUGGCGAACGCCGAGAGCAUGAACUGCUCGCAACCCAAGAAUUCUGGGGUUUCAUGCGGUCAAACGGUGCCAAAGUGGAAAGACACUACAAUAACCGAGAGUCUGCCAUGCAAAUCCUCAGCAAGUUCUUCACAGAAGAACAAGUUGUCACUGCCAUGCAAGAGGAACUCGUGAAUGGUGGGAAGCAGUUGUUAGACACCCAAGCUGGCAUGGAGUUGAACAGUGAGUAUCGCAAAAUGGAAGAGAAAUUGAAGAGGGAGUUGCAGAGUACAGUAGCGGAACUGAAGGAGGCACAGAAGAAAAAAGAUGACGAAAGUACAGUGAUGAUAUUGGAAGAAUGCCGGAAACAGGUAGAGGACCAGCUUGCCCAUAUUCUGCAGGAACGAGAUCAACUUAAGGUGACACUGGCCAAGAUGAUCGCCACCAGCACCUUACCCAUUGUUCGCGCGCCAGGGAGCUUUGACGAUAAGGCCAGGAGGCCCAGCAACACUGGUAACGCAGGGCAAGCAGAAGCAGGAAGGCCGGCAAGCCCAUACCUGGACCCGAGAGCAUCCGGUAUGUGGCAGGGCAUGGAAGUGCCCGCCAGAGGCAGAGCGCCAGCACCACCAUACCAGCCAGAUGAGCAACCUAUCCACAGAUGCGAACGAUCUCCCGCACCCAGUGACGCAGGGCGUACGCCAAGAAGGCGAGAUUUGUUGCGGGCAAUGUUUGGAAUAGGACCAAGAUUGGUGGUACCGGGACAGUAGAGGCGGGUGUAGGAGGAGUGUGGAAGUCUUGUGCGUUAUUAUCAUGAAUAUAUGGUAGGAGGUGCGGCGCGUUGUGGCUCUUGUCAUUUGCUUGGUCUUGGUGACAAGGAAAAAGAGAUGAAAGAACGAAGAGGAGAUGUUGCUGAAGGACGAAACUAAAUUGUUCUGUGUUGGGAAACAUCCGCCAUGACCUUGAAGAACCAGAACGACGACGGAAACCAUGACCUGUGACCGGACAGUGAACCCUUUGUGCUUGCCAAACUUGUAAUGAUGAACUUCAUCAACGGGCAAGCACUGAUCACCAAGCCUCUCGAAAUCUAGGCAACAGUCCUUCCAUCCGAGUUCAGGACGCUCUGUGGUUUCUUCUCUGUCGUCCAAAGUGGAGUUACGCCAAGCGAUGAUGACAGAACGGGAGGCAUUCGCACCUUUUUCUCAGAC